AAAUGUAGAAAGGCUCAUUGAAGUUGAGAUGUUUACAUGUUUUGACUCUGAAAAUGGAUCAGUUUGGAACCCUUGAGCUCGGGUGGGCCCAGGGAUAUAAUGGCUCCCCAGCAUUGUUUGUCAACAGCAACACUGUCUGCUUUGUCUGUGGAAAUAACAUCAAAUUUGUAAACACAAAAGACAAGAGGGAGUCAGUUUUAUCCAGUCCUGGAGAUGGAAUUGGAGCAUUUGCUGUGAACUCUUCCACUAGUAACAUUGCCUUUGCUGAACUGAGAGUCAAUCCCAAGCUCUUUAUUUACAGUUUCCCUGACUACUCAAGACCACGAGCUGUUCUUGAAGGUGGUGCAAGGCUGACGUACUCCUACAUUGCUUUUGCAAAUAACAGCACCAUCUUGGCAACAUAUUCGGGCAUUCCAGAUGUUCAGCUAACUGUCUGGAACUGGUUUGAGAGGAUAAAGCUCUGUUCAAUUAAUGUUGGAAGACAUUUGUGUACUGGUGGACUGUCAUUCAACCCAAUGAACUGGCGCCAGUUAUGUACUGUUUCAAGUGAUAUCCUGAUGCUCUGGAAUGUUGGCCAGCUCAAUACCAAGUACUCACUAGUCUCAAGUUCUGUAAGACUGCCUCCAGCUGAUGGAAGCCCAGAUGACGAUGAGUUUGAGGACUUGGGGCCCUCUGUGAGUCGUAUGAGCCAUCCAGAAAGAUACAGAAUCACUAAAGCAGCUAUUGCUGGAUUAGUUGGAGAGAGUGCAAAAGGUUAUGAGCCUGGUGAGAAAAAGGAAAGAUGUCAGCCUGUAAACCAUUGUUGGACACCAGACAGUAAACUUUACUGUGGUUGUAAAGGCGGACAGGUGAUAUGCCUUGACACAGAAAACAACCAAGUUACUAUUGUACUGAACCCAAUUACUAAGGGUUUGCAACGGGACAGAACAGACACAUUAUCUUUAUUGAAGAGGACGACUAUGGAAGUUAUAGCAGAAAUGGCAGAAGAUAAAAAUGAAGUUCCUGAUAAUGAAGAACAGCCCAAGGCUACUGAUUUGUCCAUAGACAUUGGACCAGGUUCAGCAGAUUGCCUGGCUCUACACAAGAAGGGACUGUAUAUCGCUGGGCAGAAUGGAGUAUUGAGGUGUUUGGACAUAAAAUCAACUGAGCCUAAAGUCUUGGAGCAGUUGGACAUUGGCUGUGCUGUGACAAGUCUUCACUGGUCACAGAAUUAUCGUACGUUGGCUCUUGGAAGUUCUAAGGGAUCCAUACAUCUCUAUGAUUCUGAAGGAUCUGUGGCAGAGCUGUUUAAUAUUCAUAAUGCAGAGUUUGUGGGAGUUGACUGUCUGGUCGGAGGAAGUCAGUACUGUGUGACUUGUAAAGCAGAUGGUUUGGUGCAAACAUGGUACCUUGAAACAAGCAAACUCUUUUCUAAAAUCCAUCUUGAUUGCCAGGCCUCAUGUAUGCAGUGUAGUCCUUCCUCCAGCACCGUGGCCAUAGGGUCUCAUACUGGCCAUGUCUACUUUGUUGAGAUGACAAACAUUGAGCAGCCUCGUCUUAUCUACAGGACCCACAUUCACCAUGGGCCAGUUUUGCAACUUAGUUAUGAUUGGAGUGGUCAGAUAUAUGUGACAGGCUCCAAUGAUGGACAUGUCUUUGUAUGUGAUGCAAGAGUCAGCAGCAACUUCCAAGUGCUCGGGCGAUUAGGAGCCAAGGAGGCCUUCUUGAACAAGACACUACUGUACAGAGAUGAAAUGGUAAAGAAAGUCGUGCAUCAGCUAGCUUCUCCUUGUUACAGUGUUGUGUUGACGAGUCCGCAGACGGCUUUGACAGUGGCACAUGCAAGAAAAGAAAUGGUUAAACUUACAUUGGCUGCAGAGGGCAAGAGUGUUCCACCAGAUUCGAAGUUGCAGCCUUGUGGGUCAUACCCUGGCCAUGAACUGCACGGAGGACACGUUGCUUUGUCUCCACAUUUAAGGUGGCUCGCCAGCUGUUCACCUGAUGGAAAACUUCUCCUCAGAACUGUUGGUGCAUUGGAUCGUACAUUGUGUGUUUCCGCACAUCAUCACAAAAGGGGCGGAGCGACUCACGUCUGUUUUACUGGUGACUCACAGCGCGUGCUCAGUACAGGAACUGACGGUGUGUUGGCCUGUUGGGUUUGGAACUUCACAUCAACAGGCAAAAACAAGGCCACUGCUGCCAUAGAUGCUGCGCGUGCGCGCUCAUCACUGCUGACCACCGUGCGAAAAAAUGAAGACAGUCUAGCGGCUGAACGAGGGGAAUACGUGCCCAGGCCUCUCUCGCCGAUCGAGAAAGCGAACACUGAGGCGAGCGAAAAGCAACAGAAAGUUAUCAAAGAUGACAUCUACACCACCCCCACCCCUACCCCCUCAGAAGAUGCAACCUGGCUUGAGAAAGCUGUUAGCGAGACUCAACGCGAAGAGGCUAAAAAAUUCGCUGAGAUAAAGCGGAAAUUACGUCAGGAGAUUCAAGAAUUACGUCAGACUGUGUUACAGAUGAUGGAUGACAACCAGCAAGCGCCGGAAAUAGAAAGACUGGACAGAUACGAAUACAACCUGGAUGUGGAUCAGCGACAGAAACUGAUUUUAGAAGGGGAAGAGAAAAUUAAACAGGUCCGCGAGGAGAUAGAAUUGGCAAAUCUUGCUAAUCAGUACUUACGCGAGAUAAUCAAAAAAGAAUGUUGGGAGGCCAUGGUCGUCAAAGGACGUUCAGUGAACGCCUUCCACCUUCCACUCUCUGUCUCCAACUACCCCAUGAAGGAGCGAACUAAAACAGAACUGGAUGAGAUUCAGUAUGUUAUCAACCAGAGAAAGAUCGAGCAAGCUGAGUCCGCAGCCAGCAAAGAUGUGGUGUUUGGUCCAACAUCAGCCAGAAAUACACCACUUGUUGAUGAUGGACACGAGUUUGAAGAUGAGGAUGUUCUGGCCGAGGAUCAAGGAGAUAGGUCUGGAGAUAAUCCGGCUACAACCGGAAGUCGUGGUGCAGCUUAUGGAGGUGGCCAGGAGUUGUUUCAGAGUCAGUUCCAGCUACAUACUGUGCAGCAGAAACUCAACCAAAUUGUUUUAUUACAGGAUGCAAUCCACAGAAUCAAAGUGGCAUUUAACAAGGAAUUCGACGAAAUCUUCAAACAGAAAGAGGCCGAAAUAAAACGAGUCAAAGAAAGAAAUGACAGGAUAAAGAAGAUCUUGGGGGAUCUUGAGAUUCAUGAGACGGUCUUUGAGCCGGAAAUGAGUGUGGACGAAAAACCGGAAUUGCUGUUGGAAGUGAAGAAUAGUGAAGUGCCCUUUGAGAAGUACAUUAGUGACGAAGAGAAGGUUAGGCUUGAAGAACAAGCAAAGAUUGAAGAAGAGCGCCGCUUAGCGGAGAAAGGCGACAAUGCACGAGAGCGAGCCUUGAUGAUGAUGAUGCAGGGAAGACUGGAGGCGAAUAUAGAAGACGAGCUGAAAAAAGAUCUGGUCCCACCAGAGUUCAUCGCCAACAAGCCACAAGAUGAAUGGAGUGAGGAGGAGCAAAAGGCGGCUAAGGAAUUCGAGAAGAAGAAACAGCAGCUCCAAGAGGAUCGAGAGAAAUACCGGAAAUCACUGGAGACUGAGCUAAAGAAGUUACAGAGCGGAAUCACUGAUGCGACUGCCUCGUUUGACGAGAAACUCAGCCAGCUGUUUCAGAGGAAAGUCAAAACAGAAAUGGUUAUUUACCAGGAGGAGCUUAAAAUCUUGCGACUGAUGGUCUCAGUGCUGACUGAAUCCGAACUGGAGUAUCAGGAGAACGAGCUGACCCGGCGGAUGAAUGAGAAGAGGGAGAGGAAGACGCAGACUGCAGGAGCGCUCGCUGAAGCUAAGCGGGAGGUGGACCAGUUCCGUGACUCGUAUGAACUCGUGUUGGCUGAAGACAAGACGCUAGACAAGGCCUUCAAGAAAGAGUUUGCAGACCAAGACGUGCAUACAGUAGAACAGUUGUAUAAACUGUUCAAACGAAGACCAAGAGGACAGAAACAACUUAAAGCUGCCGCAGAAUCACACGGAGACACUUUUGACGGCGGUAGUCCAUUCGGUCCGAGGCCAUCUUCCUCGCGUAGCAAUUCUGUCGCCAUGAGAAGCUUGGAGCGUGCAAUGGAUGAGCUAGAUGAUGAACAGCACAUGCCUGAAGGGGUGGAAUCCGCUGUCUGGCAACGACUGGUGCAAGCUAGAAGACAGAAAGUCGAAAGUGAACAGCAAGUUAAGGCCAAAGCAUUGGUAUUAGCAGAAAUGAAUGCCUUCUUGCAAAGAAGAACAGAAGAGGAUGAAAAAGUCAACAGGGAGCUAGAGCACACUUUAAAGGAACUACAGAGAUUGAGGGAUGAGAAAAUGAAGUUUCACACUAAUCUAGAAGUGCAGCUGUUAUUAAAACAGGGACAGGUGGAGGUGACUCCUGGUUCCUUUAUCACAGACUAUGCAGACAGUGCUCUGAUUCACCGCUCUGUUGUAGAAGACCUUAAUUCCCAGAUCGCGACCCUCGGGAAGGGAAAGAUCAUUAUCAUGGAAGACAGUAAGGAGUUUAGGAAAGGAAUUCAUCGACUGGAAUGGGAGCACAAAAAGAUGGACAUGCAGUCGGAGGAUCUCCAGGCCAAGAUUCGUGACAUUCAACUGCUGAGAGUCACCAAGGAACUGCAGCAGUUUCUAUCGGAGGGUGACCAACAAGCCAGGCAACAGCAGGAGAUCGAGACGUUAGAGAAAACUCUGACACUUCAAGAAAAGAUGCAUCAUCGAAACGUAAAUGACCGCAAAGAAACUAUAAAGAAUAUCAAAAGAUUGAUUCGUCGCAAGGAAAAAGACAAUGAACAGCUUGACGCCGAUCUGGAGGAACUUGCUUUGUCAGUAGCUGAGAGGAGGAAUGUCAAUGAGGCAAACGCUGCUGGCCGGAGUGACACUGGAAGCGAGCGGCGUCUGCAGGAUAUAGUAGCAAGGCGAAAGUUAGUUGACCUCGCCAAAGCGCAGGCGCAGGAGGUUGCAGUGCUGCGGGCAGAGGUUGAACGACUGCGCAUGCGUACCUUUCCAGCUCUUGUUCAAAUUGAACACUAGGAUUUCGUUUGUGUUGUAAAUAUAUAUGUAUAAAAAGACUUGAACGAGCAGUACACUAGUUUAUUUGUUGGUAAAAUUUGAUUGUUCUUCCGCUUAGGACAGCUUGCAAGACGGUUUUGUCUUUUCCGAGGAUUUUCAUUAAAAAUAAUCUUCUCGCU